AGUGUAACACUCUAAAAAACCGAAAAAUACAUGACCAAGUAGCGAAAUAGAUGAAUCAAUUUGGUCCGUUUGGCAGCCACCAUUAACGCACCCAAAAUCCGAACUCACAAAAAACACACACACAAAGAAAGAGAGGAGAGAGAGAAAAAAGUGAGAAGUCGGAGAAAUGGGAGUAAUGCAGAAACUCAGGAUGUUCGUCGCUGAAGAACCAGUCGUCGCUGCUUCUUGCAUUAUUGGUGGCAUUGGGCUUUUUCUUCCAGCUGUGGUGAGGCCUAUGUUGGAUUCCAGGAAAGCAGCCAACCAAGUACCUCCACCCCCUCUGAAUGAUGUUGUUGCUGGUGUUAUUGGUAGAAAAGAAUGAAGUGGAUCAUGGAUGUGAGUCCUGAUUUUUCUUGAAGUUCUCUUGUCUUCUUUUAAUGUGAGAUAUAUUCUCAUAGGAAAUAAGCCAUUUUUUGUAUGAGCUAGAUAUACUGUAUUUCUUGUUUCUCCUUUUUUAUUGUACGGAAAAAUGUUUACUAUGUCCUGUAAGGGAUCUGUUAAAUGUGUAACCAGCUUCUUACAUCCUUUUCAGCUCCAGAUCUGAAAUUUAUGUGUGUGUUUUGCAUUUCAUAGUUUCACUAUUUUUGGACCAUUACUUUACAAGAUUAAUGCAGAACUCUGUUCCAUGCUA